UCAGGUACACUGUCCGUAGACACUUUGAUUUGCCUGGCCUGUCCUGUCCUCUGCGGUAGUCCUGACUCCAUUGCCAUUCGACCCACAGCUGAAAUCCAUUACUCUCCUACAACUUCCUCUCCAAAAUUCCUCUCCCGUGCCUCAAAGCCAGCGAGUUGCUUCACUUCAGUGAGUCGUUACUAUCUCAAACCCACCCAGGUUCUCCUUUCCGUCUCUGCACAAGUCUGCCACUCACAGGUGCUACAGCAGGUAUCUAGGGUAUCCAGAGGAAUUGCAGAGACUGCGAGCAUGAAUCGGCCCUUCAACAGGAAAAAAGAUAAGUCAUGGAUGCACACUCCAGACGCCCUGGCAAAGCACCACAUUGCCUACAACGCCAAGUUCCUUGGGCACACAGAGGUCGACCAGCCAAAGGGCACAGAGGUGGUUAAGGAUGCAAUUCGAAAGCUCAAGUUUCAAAGGCACAUCAAGAAAUCUGAGGGCCAGAAAAUACCUAAAGUCGAAUUACAAAUCUCAAUUUAUGGAGUAAAAAUAUUAGAUCCCAAAACAAAAGAUGUGCAACACAACUGCCAGCUGCACAGAAUAUCAUUUUGUGCGGAUGACAAAACUGACAAGAAGAUAUUCACCUUCAUCUGCAAGGACUCUGAGUCCAACAAACAUCUCUGUUACGUUUUCGACAGCGAGAAAUGCGCUGAGGAGAUCACUCUGACCAUCGGCCAGGCCUUCGAGCUGGCCUACAAGAAGUUUCUGGAGUCUGGAGGGAGGGAUGUAGAGACAAGGAAACAGAUUGGAAACCUGCAGAGAAGAAUUCAAGAACUAGAGAUGGAAAAUUUUGAGUUGAAAAAGCAGCUGCAGAGUCUUCAGGAGCAGCUGAUGUUUGCUCAGGUGUCCCCACUUCUGCACCUAAACUCUACUAACGACGCAUUUGUGCUGAAAAGGCCCUCGUCUCUGUGGUGGUGCCACAGCCAGCCAUUGCUGUCCUGUUUAGAGAUGUCGUCUGUCACGCUCACUCCCAUGGGCUCUCCGAACUCCAGCCUGUGCUCAGAGCCACUCGCCAUGCCUCCCGCGGGCUGUCUCUCUCCCAGUUCUCCCUCCACUGAUAUUUUUGACAUGGUGCCCUUCUCCCCUGGCACCAUCCUAGCUCCAGUAUCUGCCAGCAAUGGUAUGAAGGCAGCCAAGCUUCCAGAAAGGUCCGCUAAGCCCUAUUCAGGCAAGGACCUUUUUGGAGCUGAGCCCUUUGACCCUUUCAUAUGUGAAGCGUCAGACUUCCCUCCAGACAUUCAGUCCAAGCUAGAUGAGAUGCAGGAGGGGUUCAAAAUGGGACUGACUCUAGUGGGUGCCAUGUUUUCCCUUGACCCCCUGGACAGUUGCAGCUGAUGCCAAGGAGGUGAUGCUUGUUGUGGUGUGCAGCUGUGAACAUCUGUCUCAAAGUGCCAAAAGUGGACCUCUGUGCUGAGCCAUCCGCUUAUUACGUCUUUCACAUUUAAAUCCCACUCACAUGUAAUCAAAUCAGAGAAGUACUAUUUUUUUAUACUGUGAUGGAGUAUUUUUGAAACCAGUCAGGUUCAAAGUGUGUAAAUACAAGAGUCAGUUGAAUUAAGGAUUUUUCUUUCCAAGUGUAUACAUGCCAUUAUUUUCUUCCUAAUGCAUAAUUUUCUGAAACUGUGAGAUGAUCCUUCCUGCAACAUAUCGAACAUAAAGACCAGGGAGCUCCUUGACUUCUUUCCUCUUGUUUACCUUCAGUCCCUGCUUAGCUUGGUCAUGAUACAGUAACGUGUAAAACAGGUAUUUUUAAUUGACCUUAUAGCGUUGUUCUAGCUGCAAUUUUUAACACAGCAUUAAUGUAAUGUAACUGCAUAGUUUUUAUGUGUGUUUGUACUACAUACCAUUUCAGUUCCGAUCAUAUAUUUUUGUUAGUUCAAGCGGCAGAAGGCUCUUGAGCAUCCACAGCCCAUGUAACUGCUCUGAUGCAGACUCAGUACCCUUUGCCUUUGUGUUGCGAUAUUAAAGAACCAACCUGCAUCCUA